UUUUAACAACCUCAUUAUAAUAAUAAAAAAUAGAUGGAAAAUAAUACAGCAAGGAGCAGAUAACAAAUAGGUGGGUAGCUUAUAUUGGACUUAUUGUUAGUUGGUAUAAUCAGUCCCGACGUUAUUGCUAAAUAUUAACGAUUAUUACAAACAUGGGUAGAACCGUAUUAUUUGGUAUUGUUGCAGUGAUGGCUUUAGCUCAGAUCUACAAUGCGAAUGCACAGGAACAGCCACAACCACAACCACAACCAGUAUCUGACGAUUGCAAACAAAAAAUAUUCGAACAGCUUAAAAAUACCGACCUGUCUGCAUAUAAAGAUUGUUUCAACAUGACCUCUUUGCAGGACCUCAAAGGCAACUCGCAAAUUCUGAGUCAAUUAUUCACUAGUUUACCAGACGGCUGUAAAAAUCCGAUGUCCAGCAAUAUAAAAGAUUGCGUCAAGAGUUGGUUCUCGAACUUUAAAAAUCAUUCAGCUGAGGUUCAAGCAAGUAUUGCCGGUAGCAUUAACACCGUAUUUGCUGCGUCUAAGGGUUGCAUCAGCCAAGCAGCUCAGCAACUUUCUGAUUUGAAUAUUUUUGUGACUAACGGAUGUCAACAAGAAUAGGAAAAAAUCAUAAUAUUAUAUUGUAAUCAGUUGGUAUUUAAAUAAAGCUAAUGUUUCAAUAAUGAUGUUUUUUGGAAACCAAAUUAAACUUAUGGGAGAAU